AUGCCGAAAUGUAAGUCGUCUUGUUCAAUUCGUCUUAAAAGUUACGACAAAUUUCAGAACGUAAUUGAAAAGAAUGCUGGGUUUAAAACUUUGGUACAAAUUUCUAAAAUACAUUCUGGUGAAGUUGAUACUAUGGAAGGAAUAGAACAAGAUUUGAAGGUUGAGGAUCUUGCAUUCUUCAAGUAUGCUCCAAUAACGUCGGUAGAUGUAGAACGAAGUUUUUCACGUUACAAAAAUUUACUUUCCGAUAACAGACGCAGCUACAAGUUUGAUCAAAUUAAAAAAACUAUUGUAUCACAGUGUAACGCUGAUAAUUUAAUAAUGUAA